GCCUCAGAACAUUUCUAUCAGAGCUCUGAGAGACACAAUGAAGGAAACAUCUGUCAGAUUUCUGCUCACUCUGACCUCAGUGCUGAGCUGCACAACAAACCAAGCAGCUUUUCUGACUGUGAGACCCAGCAGAUCUCAGUUCUUUAAAGGUAAAGAAGUGUCUCUGAGCUGUGAGGAGAACAGCAGCUCUGCUGGAUGGACUGUAUGGAGGAACACAACCAGAGAAACCAGGACUCAGUGUGGAGAUGGAUGGGGAGAAAAAGCUGGUUCUACCUGUAACAUCAGCUGGCUGAUACCAUCAGACAGUGGAGUUUACUGGUGUGGGUCGUCCAGAGAGGGAGCAGCCAGCAGCAGCAUCCCGCUCACUGUCACUGGUGGAUCAGUGAUCCUGCAGAGUCCUGUCCUCCCUGUGAUGGAGGGAGAUGACGUCACUCUGAGCUGUCUAACAAAGACCACUCCCUCCAACCUCCCAGCUGAUUUCUAUAAAGAUGGCUCCCUCAUCAGGACUGAGCCCAAAGGUCACAUGACCCUCCACAAUGUGACCAGCUCUGAUGAAGGCCUCUACAGGUGUAACAUCAGGGGUCAUGGAGAGUCUCCAUCCAGCUGGAUCUCUGUUGAAGAGAAACCAUCAACUCCUGGUCCUCCACCAUCCAGCUGGAUCUCUGUUGAAGAUAAGCCAUCAAACACUUUUACAACCCUUCCUGGUCCUUCAACCACAUCUUGUCCUGCAACUUCUCUUCCAUCUACAACAUCUUCUGUAUUUCUCUGCUACUUCCUUUACUACAUUCUCCCGUUACUUUCAAAGAUAAUUCUUAUGGUUGUGCUGCUGGUUCUACUGAGGAGACGAUGUGUUGAGAGGAAAUCUGAAGAAGAAGUUGGAGGGGGAAAUGUUUACGGUAACAUCGGUGUUUCCAAUUAAGAGGUCUGACCAGGAAGAGAUGUUGCUGAUGCUUUUCUUCAGUGAGACAAUCCAUCAGUCCAUCAAUGAUGACCAGCUGGCAGCUCCUGCCUCCAGAGCCUAACAUCACUUUACAUCUGCAGUUUCCUUCAGAAAUGCCUUCUGUUCAUCACUUCUUCGCUAAGAAUAUUUUCUUCCUGAUGCAAUGAUUAUCUCAGCUAAAAGUCUUGAAUUAAUCAUUUGUCUUAGAAACAUCUCUGUUUUCUUUAUCUGAUGUGUCUCAAACUUGUUAACCUGCAGACAGUAGACUGUAAGGCCUGUGUUGAAUGUUAUGCUGAACAGAAGAUGGACAGAAACUGCUCUAAAACAACCUAAAAUAAGCAAUUAAUUAAUAGUGAUUAUUUUUAGUAAUUGAUUACUCUGACAAUUAAGUAAUUUGAUAAAUAUUGAUCUUGUUCUUCAGCUUAUUUUUAUCCAUCAAUCCACUUUCAAACACGCUUAAU